CCUCCGAUUGACCUAGUUUUUAAUAUGGAUUUUUUUGUGAAAUUUUAAACGACCUUCACUAUUUGUUCAUUUUAUUGUUUAUAAUAUUCAUUAAUUGUUAGAUUACGAAUAUUUUUAACAAACCAAAAACGAUUGAUUGACUAAAUAAAAUCAGUGGUCGUCAACAAUUUCUCAAUAAACGUCAAGUAUUUGUUUACAUGUGUUGAUUUGCAAGUUGAAAUAGUUAUUUAACAACAAAAUGAUGUCAGAUGAAUCGGAAAAUGAUGGGGUUUACGUGGAUAAUCAAGAAAAUGAUAUAUACUAUAAAAAAUACAAACUAUUACUUGAGGAGUGUGCGAAUUUGCAAAGAUCCAAUGAAAUACUAGUUUUUCGCAUCCAGGAGGUCAACAAAAUCACAAAAAGGAGACUGAAAGAAGUAUCAUUUUUUAAACAAAGACUAAUGAAAAACUACAGUGAAGAUUGGUCAGUUAUACCACGAUUAGACAUUGUUAAGGAUGAUGAGGACUCUAAAACAGUAGCACAAAUGAUGCUUAAAGAGAAAAUUAAGGAAGAAAAACCUGAUGAAGAUGAGAAACCGGAAAAGCCACAUCCAAAAUCCACAAAGAAAACAGUUAAACGAACGAAGACAAAACAGGAAAAAGAUCCUAACGCACCCAAGCGACCGUCGAAUCCAUUUUUCCAGUUUUGCCAGGACCAAAGGCAAACUUUGCAAGAACAGCUUACUGCAGAAUUAAAGCCUGGUGAAGCUCUACCCACCAAACAAGAAUUAACCAGACAAUUAGCAAUUAAAUGGAAGUCUUUAUCUUUACCUGAUAAAAAGAUUUAUGUGGACAUGUAUGAGAGAUCUAAGGAGAAAUACGCCGUUGAAAUGUCCGAGUACAAACAAAUGAAAUAAUUGUGAUGUAAUUAUGAAUUUUAAUACUAGGUUUUAAGGAUUAAAGUAAAAAAAAAUACGUUAAUUU